CUACGGUGGUGGUUUUUCUCUCUCUCUCUUGUACUCACACUUUAACACCUCAACUAUCCAGCAGUGGACCACAGCGGCCAGCAGUAAAAGAUCAUUCUCCAGAUACACAACUGAUGCAGCAUGAACUCAGGCACGGUACAAUACUCUGGAGUAAAGUGCAGUGGUGACAUACCUAGUGUGCUAACCGAAGACGGCUACUACUCUAAGAAGAAGCGAUAUGUGCGAAAAGAUGGGAGCUGUAACAUGGUGGUGCGCCAUGUUCCAGAAGAGUGGCUCCUCUGGGUCACUGACAUCUUCACCACCCUGGUGGAGAUCCGCUGGAGGGUCAUGUUCUUGACAUUUGCCCUCUCCUACAUCUUAUCAUGGCUCUUUUUUGGAAUUUUGUUCUGGAUCAUUGCACUCACCCAUGGCGAUAUGAAAGACCCCACCAAUGAGCCAUGUAUUUAUGAGGUGCGAAGCUUCACAGCAGCUUUUCUGUUCUCAUUAGAGACCCAGACAACCAUUGGUUAUGGCUUUCGGGGCAUGUCCGAAAACUGCAUGAUCGCCAUAAUCUUAGUUACUAUCCAAGAUGUCAUCAGCGUCUUUAUUGAUACUUUUGUCAUUGGUAUCGCCGUAGCCAAGAUGGCAUCUGCCCGGAAGAGAGCCCAAACGGUCGGAUUCAGCAACUGUGCUGUGAUCAGCUUACGUGAUGGCCACCUAUGCCUGUCAUGGCGGGUGGUGGACUUCCGUAGAAACCACAUGGUGGAAGGAACGGCUCAUGCACAGGUAGUUCAACACAUCGCACACGCCACCGGGAAAGUUGAUGUUUCAUACAAAGAUCUCAACAUUGAAGAAAGCAAUAUCAUCCUGGCCACCCCAACAACCAUCAUUCAUAAGAUCAGACCUGGCAGUCCUCUGUACAAGAUGAGCUUGCAGGACUUGAGGAAGGAGAACUUCGAGUUGGUGGUGUCUUUCACCUACACGGAUGACUGCACAGGCAUCCUCCACCAGACACGAACAUCCUACAUUCCAAGUGAGAUUCUGUGGGGCCAGCACUUUCAGGAGAUGAUCAGGGUCACCCGCAAGAACUACAGAGUGGACUACACCCUGUUCAACCACACAGUUAAAGUCCUGGUCCCAGAAAUAAGUGCAGAGGGAUAUGACCUGAAGAAGUGCUCUCCACAGCCAAAACACAAGCCACUGUACAUAAGUUCCCCAACAGCAGCUGAGGAUUUGGUUAAUGGGAAUAGCCUCGACACUGAAAAAGAAUCUACCAGCAGUGCUGUCCAAGAGUACAAGCUAUAACAGUGGACCUGAUACAUCAUGACUCUAUAGCACUUUGAAAUGGGGCUUCCUCAUAGGCUUCACUAAUGUAAGCAAUAGUACAAUAAUAGUUUGCCUUAAAGUAGUUCAGCCAAAAAUGAAAAUUCCAGCAUGAAUGAAAAUGAAAUGACGUAGCUCCUCACAAAUAUCGCAGCAGUUCUGAAGUGAAAUGUCCACUAAGUGGCGCUAAAUGUUAGUAAAAUUUUCUCUCAAACAGAUGAGGUUUUUAUGGGCAGGGUUGGGGAGUAACAGAAUACAUGUAACGGGAUUACGUAUUUAAAAUACAAAAUAUAAGUAACUGUAUUCCACUACAGUUACAAUUUAAAAAAAUGGUAUUUAGAAUACAGUUACAUUCAAAAAGUAUUUUGAUUACUGAAGAGAUUACUUUGCAUUUUAUUGUCAUUUGUUUCAUUUAAUAUUUAGUCCUUUCAAAUGGAAAAAUAUAUACAUAUAAAUUAUGCUAUCCAAAGUGCAUUUGAACAGCGAUGAAACACUUUCUUAUGAUGUGUUACAUUCAUACGAACAGACAGAGAAGUAAGUUUGAAGCAAGUUUGGAGCAGAAGAAACAGAAAUAAACCUUGUGUAAGUUGUCAGCUUUACGCUAAGCUAAAAUGCUUUUUCUAGCCAUUUUACAUGCACAUGUUACUAGACACGAUCACAUUUUUUUAUCAAGAAAGUUCACGGUGGAUCAUAAUUUCUUUUAUCUAGUAAGACCUUUGAUAUUAGGGCAACAAUCUUAUUCUUGAUAAUAUUUUUUUUUUUAUUGUUUUCCUGUAAAAAUAUCUAAAAAUCCUUAAAACAACAUCAAUUUGAUUUAUCUCGUUUUAGAAACAACACUGCAUAAGAUAUAUAGGUUUUUCAGAGAAUGUAUUUUUAACAUGUGUAUUUUGUCUUACUGUACUGGCAGAGUUUUUAUAGUCAAAACAAGUGAAAAAAUCUACCAGUGCUGAAGAAGUAAUCCAAAGUAUUUAGAAUACGUUACUGACCUUGAGUAAUCUAAUAGAAUAUGUUACAAAUUACAUUUUACAACAUGUAUUCUGUAAUCUGUAGUAGAAUACAUUUCAAAAGUAACCCUCCCAACCCUGUUUAUGGGUAAUGCUCUAGCGGGUUUUAAAUCAACAAAACUGACCUCCCUACCCUAAACCUUCAUCCUAAACCUUACCGACAGUAUCAUAAAAAGCAAAUGUGACAUGGAAUGCAUUGCUGUAACACCAUCAUUUUGUGUUGCUUCUAUGACACUUUCAGCUCACUUGUAAACUUGCAUAUCCUUCAGGACUCAAAACCUGGUUCUUUGCUCUCUAUCAGUUGAGCUACUAUGCAGUUGAAUCGCGAUUGAUCAAGCUUGUAAAUGUAGUUGGCUAUGCAAUGCAAAUGUUAAAAUGUAUCACCUUACAAGUCAUGCACUGUAGUAAAAGUGUUCAAUGUCAUAAGACAUAGGCAUUUCUCAACUGAUAAACUGCCCUGUUACUCAUGAUUUGUGUGAAAGGGAAUAAAAGACAUUGAAGUUUUA